CUAAGGAGAAGGCAUUAGACACAAAUAUAAUACAUUUAUGUUGGCCUUGAGCUUACUACAUUCAGCAGAGUUAUUUUACAUUUAAUGAUUGUGGAUUCUAAAAAUUUCAGCUUGUGUCAAAUUUAUGUGAAAAGAAGCCAUGAAAGAAUAGGGGGAAGAACGGCUGAUGAAGGAUUAAAACUGCUGUCAUCCAGGCACAGGGCGGAGACACGCAUGCAGUGAGCCUGUAGGCUAAAGCAGGAGCACGGCAUAUUUGUUUAGCAGAGCUCAUUUGUAUGAACCACAGAAAAGGCUGUCUGAUUGGCUGAGUCUGAGUUGAGAGGUGUGAUGUCGCCAGUGGUGGACGAGACGGCCGGGGACCUCCCAGUCAGGGAUGUGGGACUGAUGAGGGGAGGACUGAUGCCAACUGUACCAGAUAACCUACGUGAUGUCAAGUCUUGGAAGAAGCAUCACGUUUUGAAGACAAAACCAGACCCUCAGCGGCUGUUUCGUUUUCCCAGGGAGCAUCUGGAGGAUCUGUGUCUCCGACUGCAGGAGGAAAACAGCGUGCUCAGACAACACACACGAACACAGGAGCACAGGAUGCGCAGAAUGUCCACGAGGCUCAUGCGUCUUCGUCAGCCCCGUCCUGGGUCUGGUGGUUUGAAAGACAGGGACAUGGAGGACACAAUUCAGGAGCUGGAGGCCCGAGUGGCAAUGCUGGAGAGUCAGAAAGUAGUGCUACAGAACAAACUCAGUCUGGCCAAGCAGCACAUCUUGGACCUCGGGGCUCGUACUCCCUACAAGUACAGCAAAGGUAAAAAUCUGGAGGGGGAGGGUGGAGUCAGGAGGGCAGCUCAGACAGCGCCGCCUCGAUGUGGCUUCACGCUGGAGGAUACCAGAACAGAGAUGGAGAGAUUCAGGUCUGGUAUGACAGACCAGUUGAGGAUGACAGAACUGGAGCUGACUGCUCAGACACUCAGAGACACACUGAGGGAGAGAGAGAAAGAGAUCGAGGGGACGGUUAGAGAGCUGAGAAAGCAGCAGGCGGAUAGACACAGAACAACUAUUAGAGAGAAUGUGGAUGUAAUCCGUCUACAAAAGCAGCUUUCAGACAAAAGUGCCGCCUUGAGAGUAAGUCAGGAGAAGUUCACCGACCUGCAAGAGACAUAUGAGAAACAGCUGGAGGAGAGUCAGAGGUCACUCAAGGAAAGCCAGGGUGCUCUACUGGAGAAAGUCGAGGAGCUGACUGAGCAGCUCAAACAGGAACGGCAGAGAGCUCUGGCUCUUGAGGGACAGCUUACAACCACAUCUUUGUCUCUACAGACCCUGGACAAGCUCGAGGAGAGGAUAUCAGACUUGGAAGGGGAGAGGGAUCUGAUUAAAGAAAACUAUGACACCCUACUAAAGAGUACUUUAUCUGCCCAGAGCGACCAUGAUGAUCAUGUGGAAAAACACAGAGAAAAGGGGCAGAAGAGAGACAUUGUAGUGGAAAAUGUCUACAGCAUGGACAUUCAGAGACUGGAGAAAAUGCUGCAAGCAGAGAAGGAGGAGAGAAGCAGGCUGGAGCUGGAGAAGGAGAAGCUGAGGCAUGAGAAGGAGAUGCUGGAGGAGCGGAGGGAGCAAGAGGGAGAGUUCUCAUUGUCGAUGAGAGACAAACAAGAGUAUCUAGAACGGGAGGUUGUCCAGUACAGAGAGCAAGUCUCCACUCUGCAAGGCAGACUGGAUUCAGUCACCAAGGAGUUUGAUAUGAGUGUUGAGGAGCUCAGUGAAACUCUUGUGCAGAUCAAGGCCUUUAGGAUGCAACAGGAGAGCAGGGAGAGCCUGCGCUUCCUCUUGCCUGAUGGGAAGGUGGAAGAUGCAACCCGUGAGUUGGUAAACAUCCAGGCAUCGCAUGCUGAGACUGUGCUCGAGCUACAGAAAACCAGAAACCUGCUGCUGCUGGAGCACAAAAUUACUAAAGACCUGCAGGAAGAGUUAAGUACAAUCAAUCAGAGGGUGGAAAGAGAGAGGGAGGAGAAUACAAGGAGGGUAGCAGAGAAAGACAAACUUCUAGCAAAAAGAGCUCUACAGAUCAACACUUUGCAAGCUCAGUUGAAAGAGUUGGCGUACAGCCCCAGGAACUACAAACGAACCAUACCAAUACAGUACACUUGGCCAGCUGGAGGUCAGGAGGUGGUACAGCCUAUUGAAGAUGAUCUGCCUUUCUCUCAGCUAAAGGCUGGAGAGUCACUACUGGAGAUUCACCUUAAGGCGGCCACCUUCACUCCAUCAGGGCUCCGGACUAUGGGCAACAUCCAUCCAGGAGCAGACAAAAAUAAAGACAUUGUGACCUUCUGCACCUACUGCCUGUUGGACUUUGAGAUGCACUCUACUCCCCUUGUGUCAGGAAGCCAACCCAACUAUGGGUUUACGUCUCGCUAUGCUCUGACAGUCAGGGAUCUGGGCAGGCUGGGAGGUCAGGGGUCAAGGGUCCGCGUGGAGCUCCACCAGGCUGUAGGAGGCAUCCAGUUUGUCACUCAUGGAAGCGGACACAUGUCACUCAUGGGCGCUAUAGAGAGGAGAGGAGAACGAAUCAGUGGCCGUGUUACUAUUACAGGACAUGAGGGUGAAAUUGUUGGUAUGGUGGAUUUCUGGGCACGCCUGUUCCCUCCUGCAGAGCCUGUUGCCACUGUGGCAGAAAGCGAAGCUGACAGAAGAACAGUGACACAAAGGGGUCCUGUACAGAUUUCUCUUGGCUGGCAGGACAGUAGUCAUGAGGAGUUACAUGACUAUGGUGGUGGGAUCCCCAACGAGUUGGUGGUGAUGCUGGAGCGCUGUGUGGGUUUGAGUGCUCGCUGGCCAGGACUCCUUCCUGAUGCCUACCUGACGUACAGGUUCUACGACCUGCCACCUCACGUUUCUCAAACUGUCCAAUGCACAGCUGAUCCUGUGUUCAAUGACGUCACCAGCUACCCUCUAGCAGUAUCAGCUGAUGUGCUGCACUACCUCAGGUCCAGCAGUUUGUGGGUGUAUGUGUUUGAUGAGAGUGAUGACCAGAUACCACCAGCCUAUCUGGCCAAGACCCCCAUCCCAUUGCUGCCCCUGGCUACAGGGAGAGAGAUUAGAGGUGAUUAUGUCCUGAGGGAUCCAGCUGGUGGACCUCGGGGCAUGGUUAGAGUCAUGGUGAAAUGGAAGUACCCCUUUCAGCCUUCGAUGGAUGCCUUGCAUGUUAGAGGGGAGAGGGGAGUUGAUGAGCAGAGCAGGGUGAUGGAAAGCACUGCGAGGGAGGAGAGAAGAAAAGAGGAGGAUCCACACAGGCCCGUAGCUAAGCCCAGAGUGAAGACUCAGCAACCUGAGCCCAGAGAAACCACAGGUGUGCAGAAAGAGACAAAAGCCUGGCCUCGGCCUCCAGUCAAACAGAAAAGCUCACAGGACCUGAGAUCAGGGAAAAUCACCUCUGUGAAGCCACCAGGUACUCAUCCAUCAAUAGAGAGGAACAGAUCCAUCAAGAGCUCGCCUAACCUUUACCUGAGAAGCCCUGAUCUGACACCAGAGCCAAGACCAACCACAACAUCUCAUCGGCAAACUGCAAAAUCUUCGGUGGAAGCAUCUUCCAGACAAUCACCCACCACACCGUCAAGGAGCUCCGUCAGUGAUGUCAGGACUCAGGACCUUCCCUCUUUGGAGGUGUCGAUGGUGGAGGAUGAGGAGGAAGAGGAGAGGAGUGAGAGCGGAGACAGUGAGGCCCCUGAGUCCUCAGAGUCCAGUUCCUCACAAAGUGACAUUAUAAUCAUACCACCAAGACGAAAAAUGAGAAAGGGAGAGAAGCUAAGAGUUGAGAUUCUGUCACUGACAUUUGAGCCAUCCUCACGUUUGGCAAUGGACAAGUCAGUGCAACGCGUUUAUGUGGAAUAUCGGCUGCUGGGCGUCCCCAUGGAGACGACAGAAACACCAAUGUCUCUCCGCAAGCCUGUGAAAGGGGAGGAGGUUCACUACAACUUCACACGAGUGAUUUAUGUGAAUGGUUCCCAGUCAGCUCCACUCAGACAAUAUCUUUACACUAUGUUGGAGGGAACGGACCCCAACCAGGGCAGGUUAAAGUUCACAGUAGUGAGUGAGCCAAUGGACGAUGAUGAAGAGUGUGUGGAUGUUGGACAUGCUUUCCUUGACCUGCAGGAAUUGCUGCUCACAGGAAAUGAUGUCAUUGAACAACAAAUUGAUAUUGUGAGUGUGGAUGAAGACAAGGAGGUAAUAGGAAAUUUGAAAGUGUCACUAGAGGCAGCGAAAGCACUGACUGGAAUUUACCAGGAGUUUCAUAAGCAAGAUGAGAGUAAAACUGAGGAUGAGACAGAUGAAGAGGAAGGUGAGGCAAAGGAGGAAGAAGAAGAGGAAGAAGGAGAACAAGAACAAGAAGAAAAGAAAAAAGAUCAGAUACAGGUGCUAGAUUUUGAUGAUGGCGAUGACAAUGACUUCUACUGAAUCUAAAAACAUGGAAACUGUUUUACCCUUCAACUAAAUGAAAAGAUUCAACAAA